AUGGGCCUUAUCUUCAAAAGGUAUGAAACCAGGUACGAUAAGGACGACUAUAUGCUGAGAGUGAAGAAAGCUUCCAUUAGUGAUGAGGGAACGUUCACCUGUGUGGCAGAAAACCGUGUGGGCAAACUGGAGGCUUCAGCCACCCUCACAGUCCGAGCUCGCCCUGUUGCUCCACCCCAGUUUGUCAUCCGUCCGCGGGAUCAGAUUGUUUCACAAGGCCGUACCGCCACCUUCCCGUGUGAAGCCAAAGGAAAUCCCCAACCAGCAGUUUUCUGGCAGAAAGAAGGGAGUCAGAUUCUCCUAUUUCCUAACCAACCCCAGCAGCCCAACAGUCGCUUUUCAGUGUCGCCCAGCGGAGAGCUCACCAUCUCAUCUGUGCAGCGAACAGAUGCCGGCUACUACAUUUGUCAGGCUUUGACCGUUGCAGGCAGCAUCCUCGCUAAGGCUCAACUGGAGGUCACAGAUGUACUCACAGACAGACCCCCACCUAUUAUCCGCCAAGGCCCCUCCAAUCAGACGCUUGGGGUGGACAGUGUCGCGCUGCUUAAGUGCCAGGCAUCUGGAGACCCCAUCCCCUCUAUCAGCUGGCUGAAGGAUGGGGUCAGUCUGUUGGGAAAGGACCCCCGGAUGUCACUGCAGGAGCUGGGCAGCCUGCAGAUCAAAAACAUAAAGCUUUCAGACUCUGGGAUCUAUACGUGUGUGGCUACCAGCUCCAGCGGGGAAACAUCAUGGAGUGCUUUCUUGGAAGUCAAAGAUUCAGCUGCGGUGAUAGUUACCAAGAACUUUGAUGAGAAGGAGCUUCCAGGUCCACCAUCAAAACCCCAGGUCACUGAUGUUACCAAGAACAGCGUGUCCUUGUCUUGGCAGCCUGGGUUGACUGGAGCAUCUCCUGUCUCUUCUUUUGUCAUCGAAGCAUUUAGUCAGUCUGUGAGCAACAGUUGGCAAACAGUGGCAGAUCAUGUCAAGACCACCCAGUUUACCGUGAAAGGUCUUCGUCCCAAUACCAUCUACUUGUUCAUGGUCCGAGCAGUCAACAGCCAGGGCUUGAGUGAUCCAAGCCCGAUGUCUGAUCCUGUUAGAACACAAGAUAUAAGCCCUCCAGCUCAGGGAGUGGACCACAGGCAUGUUCAGAAGGAGCUUGGCGAGGUCAUAGUUCGGCUGCAUAACCCUGUUGUCCUGAGUCCCACCACCAUUCAAGUUACAUGGACGGUGGACCGUCAGUCCCAGUUCAUCCAGGGUUACAGGGUUCUGUACAGGCAGACAUCAGGGCUUCCUUCGCCGGGACCAUGGCAGAACCAGGAUGUGAAGGUGCCCUCUGAACGCAGUGUUCUCCUGUCGUCCCUCAAAAAGGGCAUUGUUUACGAGAUCAAGGUUCGGCCUUAUUUUAACGAGUUUCAAGGCAUGGACAGCGAAUCCAAGACGGCACGGACCACUGAGGAAGCUCCCAGCGCUCCUCCUCAGCAGGUAACAGUGCUAACGGUGGGAAACCAGAACAGUACUUCCAUCAGCAUCUCCUGGGACCCUCCUCCCCCAGACCACCAGAACGGCAUCAUCCAGGAGUACAAGAUCUGGUGUCUUGGGAAUGAGACCCGUUUCCAUGUAAAUAAGACAGUGGAUGCAGCCAUACGCUCUGUGGUGGUGGGCGGGCUGCAGGUGGGAGUGGUAUAUCACGUGGAAGUAGCUGCCAGUACAAGUGCAGGAGUGGGAGUCAAAAGUGAACCUCAGCCUAUAAUCAUAGGAAAGGAGUUCCGAGACGUAAUUAUACAUGGAAACAGGAACAACAGCAUCACAGAACAGAUAACUGAUGUAGUAAAGCAGCCUGCUUUCAUUGCCGGUAUUGGAGGCGCUUGUUGGGUCAUUCUCAUGGGCUUCAGCAUCUGGCUUUACUGGAGGAGAAAGAAGAGAAAGGGUCUGAGCAACUAUGCAGUUCAAUCCUUCACCUUCACCCCUGCAGUGACAUUCCAAAGAGUUGACGGCGGUCUGAUGAGCAAUGGAAGCCGGCCUGGUCUGCUGAAUGCCAGUGACCCGGGUUACCCCUGGUUAGCCGACUCUUGGCCAGCAACCAGCCUGCCUGUCAACAGCAGCUCUGGGGGACCAAACGACCUGACGAAUUUUGGUCGAGGAGAUCUUCCCAAUGGACAAGGAGAUAAAACAGGCACAAUGUUGUCUGAUGGAGCCAUCUACAGCAGUAUAGAUUUUACCACUAAGGCUAAUUACAACAGUCCUGGUCAAACAUCCCAAGCCACUCCUUAUGCAACCACUCAGAUCCUCCACUCCAGCAGCAUCCAUGAGCUGGCUGUUGACCUGCCUGAUGCCCAGUGGAAGACCACGCUCCAGGCUAAGCAGGAAAUGGCAAACCUGGGCUACUCUCUGCCUGACAAGAACUCCUGCAACAACACCCUCCUUUUCAUUCCUGACUACCGAUUGGCCGAUGGAUUGUCUAAUAGAUUACCACACAACCAAUCACAAGAUUUCAGCACCACCAGCUCUCACAACAGCUCAGAGCGAAGCAGCAGUCUCUCAGGCGGUAAGGGAGGGAAGAAGAAGAAAACCAAGGCUGGCUCUAAACCCCCCAAAGCAAAUGGGUCCAAUUGGGCCAAUAUUCCCCUGCCUCCUCCCCCUAUUCAUCCUCUACCUGGCACAGAGAUGGACCUGUAUCCCAGUGAGCACCAUGAAGGAGGAGGGUAUGAAAGUGACAACUGGGGCCCACCCAUGCCUGUACAGACAUAUCUUCAUCAAGGCAUGGAAGAUGAGCUUGAAGAGGAGGAGGAAAGGGUUCCUACACCUCCCAUUCGAGGAGUUGCCUCUUCACCAGCUGCUGUCUCAUUUGGACAGCAGUCCACAGCUACCCUAACCCCCUCUCCCCGAGAUGAAAUGCAGCCUAUGCUCCAGGCCCAUUUGGAUGAGCUGACCAGAGCAUACCAACUGGACAUAGCAAAACAAACAUGGCACAUUCAGGGGGGGUCCCUUCCUCCUCAGGCCCCUGCUCCUCCAGUAGGUUAUGUGUCAAGCACAAUUGUUUCCGACCUGGAGACUGACCUGCAAGAUGAGGAGGAGGAAGAGGAGGAAGAGGACGAGGAUGAAGGCUAUGGAGCCAGACAUCCUCGUGGUAUAGAGCACACACCAGGGUCUAGCAUGGACAACUUGGACAGCUCUUUAACAGGGUCCAUGGUGAAUGGGUGGGGCUCGGCCUCAGAGGAUGAACGUAAUUUUUCCAGCCAUAGAUCCAGUCUGGGCAGCUCUUCUGAUGGCUCCAUCUUUACACACUGCAGCUUUGCCCAGGCUCUUGUGGCUGCUGCAGACAAGGCAGGAUACCGGCUUGAGGGAACUAGCCUCAGCAAGAGAGGUAAAGGCUUGUCCCACCGGGCCCGUCCUAGCAGUCCAUUUUCAACAGAUGGCAGCACAGUCGGCACACACAGCCUGGGCCAUCAGAGGGCCACUAGGCCCACUCGCAAACCACGAAGUCAAGGCACAACACCACACCGGAGAGAUGCUGGUGCAGAUGACCUACCUCCUCCCCCUGAGCCCCCUCCCUGUCAGGGGCAGGGCCGCAUCCAAGGGGCUCGUAGUGUAAGCAGCAUGGCACAGACCCCAGAUAGGAAGGCUUCUUCUCUGGAGCGCACACCCAUGUCAGGACUCCUUUGUGGGUCUGACGAUAUGAAGAGCUCUAUUGAUCGACAGAUGCGAACCUCUUUGGAACAUCAUCGCCAAGCUCAGGAGAGGUUGGGCUCUAUGGAUCGGGCGGAUGAUGCGCGCAGGGGCCACAAACCAGAGGAUGGAUGUCUGCCAUACAGCAAACCAUCCUUUCCCUCCCCUGGAGGCCAUAGCUCAUCUGGUACAACCUCCUCCAAGGGCUCGACGGGGCCACGGAAGACCGACGGUCCACGACAACCACAACAGUGGACUGCCACAGAGCAUGCUGAGUUUCUUGGGGCCAAUGGGCAUGGGGAGUUAUAGUGAUCCACAUCGGCUGUAAACUGGGACCUGCCCUCAUGUUUUGGCCAAUGAACUUUGUCCUUAUUUGUGCAUUCUCAGAGGGAAGAUGCACAGCAGUAGAUAGAACCACAGCAAGAGGCAGUUUAACAGAUCUGUAUAUGUGAUGUAAAGACACAAACAUACUGUACAUCUCACAAAGGAUUUGUCCUCAAGAAAAUAUUUUCCACCUCCUACCUUACUGUAAUUUCUUUUUGUUAGAAAAAAGCAAGUAAAAAGAAAAACAAAACAUCUAUGUGGAAAUAAUUUUUUGUUUUACCUACCCUUCAGGAAAAGGGAAUUCUGUUUCCUGUAAAUAUUUUCUUUGACUUGUUGCAUUGCUAUGCAAACCUUAUAAAGUUUUUUUUUUCUUCCAUUUACAAUAACAGUUGGGUUUUACCUGGUUAUUUGUACUAUAUGUGAAUUAAGUGGCUUUUUUGCCAUAUUUUUUUUUUAUCCAUUGUUUUUCAAUAGCUACCAUUAAUUAUUAUUAAUAUAAUCAUUAUUAUUAAUAUUAAUAAUUAUUGUUUUUUGCACUGCAAUUUUUGGUGAUAAGCACAAAAACAUAGCUCCUGCUGACAUGAAGAACCGGAAGAAUAUGUGAAGAGGAGUUUCUGUACUGUAAAGUAAAGAGAAGAAUAUUAUAUUCUAGUGUACAGAGAGAUAUUAAAGAGUAAUGCUUUUCUCACAAACAGCAUCCAUUUCUACAGCUGAGACAAACCAAGUGGCAGACACUAGUUCUGAAGGUGCAAAGCAGAGAUACAAGGCCUUAGACCAGAUAAAUAAUGUAGGUAGUUUAUUGCUUUGGUUUAGGUACUAUUUUAUUUUUCUUGAUUUUUUUUUUCUCUUUUUUUUUUAUACUCAUGGUUUAGCUGGUUUGUAAUUUGAUAAAACUGAUUUGAUGCUCUUUAACAACAGAGCGUCAUAUCAAAUUGAAAUAGUCUCAAAAUGUUUCUGCAUGGAGACAUUCAGUCGGAGCACUUAGCGCAGAGUAUUUUUUUUUUUCAAUAAUUAUUACUUGCAAAACCUUAACCUAGUUGUAUAUUAGUUGAAUCCAAAUGUUUCUAUUAUAUUUAUUUCAAACUAUUUUUAUGAAACUUUUUUUUUCAUAUUAACGUAGUCCUUCAGUCUGGUAUAGCCAUUUGUAUCAACGAAGAAAUUCGUUGAUACAAAGAAAUUUGUAUCAACACAAAAAAACAUUCCCCUUCUGCUGGAAACAGCCGAGGUAUUUAUAUGAGCUAUCAAAAUAGGUGUUGAAAUAAAGUUUAGUGCCUCACAUAUGUAACAAAUGGUCAUUUUGCCCCUUUGUCAGUUCUUACCUCUACUCAGGAUUAUAAUACAUUGAUUGCUAGAAAGAUAGACUUGAUUUUUUUUUUUUUCACAGUAAUCAAAACCCUUCUUGUUAACCUGCUUUAAAGUCAAAAAGCUGAUGUAAAUUGACAAGUCUUUAAAGUCAGCCUUUCCAGACAUUGUACCUAUAGUUUACCAAAGGCUCUUUUAAAAUAUUGUCACUUUAAUAAGAUAAUAAGAAAUCUUUUAGGUUUUCUUUCCCGAAGAAGGACAGAAAAAACUGCAAAUGCUCAAAGUGUUGCAGGUCUAUGUAAACCAGUUGACAGGAAGUGUGCAGAAAAUAAUUAGGAUGGCGCUGUACUGGGGUGCUCUGUAAAAGAGCAACUUUAUAAGAUCUUGCUACACCUUGAUAUUGAUAAUUAGCUUGUUCCCCAAGGAAGUUAUGUAUUAAAACAGGAUUGCGAUAGCUGUUUAGUACCCAAAAGGUUUGAAAUGGCAAAAGGACAAAAUGACCAGCAUCCAAAACAAAUAUGGUCAGCAUGCUUGUCAAAUUCAUUUUCAAGAAAAAAGUAGAAAUCGCAACAUAAUGUGUAGCUUUGGGUGAGAGCAGAAAAGAAGGGCCUUGUACUUUAGUCAGUGGGUCCACUGCCUUCAUGUCCACAGCCACAGUGGGGAGCAAAAAACACUUUCUUAUUCGCCUGACUGCCACAAACACACACUCUUAUCAUCUAACUGCUUUUAACUUUACAAUAUCUGAUUUAAUCUUUUUCAACAAUCCUUUUUGAAGCUAAGCUUAUUUCUUUGUAUGCCUUUUAUGGACUCCAAAACGCUGCUUACAACAAUGUUUUACAAUUGUAAUGUUAAGGAUUUUUGUGGUUCGAUGACUGUUUGUUUUGUCUUUUUUUUGUACUGCUAAUGUUGAUAAUAAAAUGGG